AUGAAAGGGGGACUUUACAAGGAGACUGAAGCAGUCUUGUCCAGAAUGAGUGAGGUUGGGGUUCCACGGAACAGGGAUUCGAUUAAUGGUCUCAUUGAAGGAUUUAGACAGGGAGGCCAAUUUGAAGAAGCUAUAAGGGCUUAUGUUGAGAUGGAAAAGGUGAGGUGCGAUCCCGAUGAGCGGACCCUUGAGGCGGUUUUGAGUGUUUACUGCUUUGCAGGUCUUGUUGUCGAGAGUAUGGAGCAAUUUCAGGAAAUUAAACAUUGGGAAUAUUACCCAGUGUCAUGUGCUACUGUAUGA